UGAGGAUUUUCAUUUUGGGGCGGGUUGUGGGGAAGACCGCUUGACUAUUUUUUUAAAAUAGCAAUCCCGUAAUUGGAUGGAUAUGUUAUUGUUGUUUUGUGAAAUGGAAAGUACGAUAAUCAAACUGGAGAAGAGGGCUUUAAUUUGGAAGCAUGGCAAGCCCAGUAAAAGAUAACUACAGGAUGAGAAGCUACAAGAACAAAGCAUUAAACACUCAGGAAAUGCGAAGACGACGAGAGGAAGAAGGUAUCCAGUUACGGAAACAGAAAAGGGAAGAGCAGUUGUUCAAGCGCAGGAAUGUGGCAGUUCCCGGAAGUGAUGAAGCCAUGUUUGAAAGCCCCAUUCAAGACCCUGAUAUAAGCUCUACUGUAGUAUCUUUACCUGGCGAAGGUGUAAUCACAGUAGAAAUGGUACAGAUGAUCUUUUCAGAAGAUCCUGAUCAGCAACUCGCAGCCACACAGAAGUUUCGGAAACUGUUGUCAAAAGAACCUAAUCCUCCAAUAGAUGAAGUCAUAAAUACACCUGGUAUUGUGCCAAGAUUUGUGGAGUUUUUGAAGAGGAAUGAGAAUUUUACCCUCCAAUUUGAGGCUGCAUGGGCUUUAACCAACAUUGCUUCUGGAACAUUUCUCCAUACUAAAGUGGUUAUAGAAGCUGACGCUGUUCCUAUUUUCAUUGAGUUACUUAGCUCGGAAUACGAGGAUGUGCAAGAACAGGCAGUCUGGGCACUGGGCAACAUUGCAGGUGACAAUGCUGAAUGCAGAGAUUUUGUGUUAAGUUGUGGAAUUCUUCCGCCUCUCUUACAGUUAUUAACCAAGUCAAACCGUCUUACUACAACAAGGAAUGCCGUAUGGGCUUUGUCCAACCUAUGCAGGGGAAAGAAUCCACCCCCAGAUUUUGAAAAGGUGUCACCUUGUUUGAAUGUAUUGUCAAGACUAUUAUUUAGCAGUGAUCCUGAUGUCUUGGCUGAUGCUUGCUGGGCCCUUUCAUACCUUUCCGAUGGACCCAAUGAGAAAAUACAAAUAGUUAUUGAUUCUGGUGUUUGUAGGCGAUUAGUGGAGCUUUUGAUGCACAAUGAUUAUAAGGUUGUAUCACCUGCACUGAGAGCUGUAGGCAAUAUAGUUACUGGAGAUGACAUCCAGACACAGGUGAUUUUGAACUGCUCGGCACUUCCCUGCCUCCUCCAUUUAUUGAGCAGCCCAAAAGAAUCUAUACGGAAGGAAGCUUGCUGGACAGUUUCCAACAUCACUGCUGGAAAUAGAGCACAGAUCCAGGCUGUAAUAGAUGCAAAUAUAUUCCCAGUGCUUAUUGAUGUUCUCCAAAAGGCUGAAUUCCGCACUAGGAAGGAGGCUGCAUGGGCUAUCACAAAUGCAACUUCUGGAGGAACUCCAGAACAGAUCAGGUAUUUGGUGGAACUGAGCUGCAUCAAGCCUCUCUGUGACUUGCUUACAGUCAUGGAUUCCAAAAUAGUGCAAGUUGCUUUGAAUGGACUAGAAAACAUUCUACGAUUAGGAGAGCAAGAGGCCAAACAGAAUGGAACUGGUAUCAAUCCAUACUGUGCACUUAUUGAAGAAGCCUAUGGUCUGGACAAAAUUGAAUUUCUCCAAAGUCAUGAAAACCAGGAAAUCUAUCAAAAGGCCUUCGAUUUGAUCGAGCAUUAUUUUGGUAUAGAGGAGGAGGACUCGAGCAUUGCACCGCAAGUGGAUGAAAAUCAGCAGCAGUUCAUCUUCCAACAGCAAGAGGCCCCAAUGGAAGGGUUCCAGCUCUAAAUGCAUGAUUGACGAAACUGUCUACAAGUACCACCAUUGCACCAUAUUCAGAAAGAACUUCAUAAAUCCUCAGAGCCAGAAUUAUGAAGAAGCCGCUGUAGUGGAGUUUAAAAUUAGGAACAUUGUUAAAAGGGCAAAAUUUUGAGGCAGCUUAUGCACUUUUCUAUUUGCAGUUUAAAGAUACAUUUAAACUGGGGCUGUUGAUUUUCAUAUUUCAUAUGUAAUAUUCAUUUAAGUAUCUGGGGUCAUAAAGAUCUGAACUGUGUACCUGAAUUGCUCCAAAGAGAAAGGUGUUGGAGUAGAAGACACACCUAUAUUUAAGCUGAAAUUGCAGCCAUCUAAAUAGUACUAUUUCAUGUCACUGUUUACAGCCCUAAUUUAAACAAUACUUAUUUAUUCUUUUGAUCCCAGAGCCUCAAAAUACUAUUACUGUUACAAGUUGUGGUUUACUUUUUGUUGAAUAAUGAAAUUGAAGUCUAACCUAUUUGACCAAAAUCCUUUUCUAAAGGUCCUGAAGUUGUAUUGCUAUUAUUUAAAAUUUCAGACUUGUAAAUUACAAUUUGAGCAAAUUAGUUAGCACUGCAACUUUCAACACUAGUAUCUGUAAACGUAGUUUAUAGGUACACUCCUGCCCUGCCGCCCACCCCCCCCAUGAUAAAUCUACCUCUCUCUUGAAAUUAAGACAGAAGUUGUUUAAAAGAUCCUGACUUGUUGAGAUAUUUGUUAUAGUACAAGUCAAUUCUGUGAAUGAGAACAGUGAUCAUCAGCAUUGCUAGACUAUAUUUCAAUAUGGAAAUCUGUAAAUUUACAUUUUGUUCUUAACUUACUGGAAGAUAAUUUCAUAAGUGCACUCUGAACAGAAACUUGAAAUUGUAGCAGUACCAACUACACUUCGAGUUGACAAUUGCAUUGGGAUGUGUAGAGUACAUGUACGAAUAUUUGUAGAAAGUGAAAUAACUGGCAAUCAUUGAAGCUGUUGUAUUCCUAAUUAGGUGACCAUACAUGGUUAGUAGCAAUAUGUAAAUUAUGUUCCUUUUUUCUUUUCUCUCCUGAUCACUCUACCCAAGUUCCAAGUAGAAAGUGCACUAAGUGAAGAUAUUACUAUUCUUCAAUUUGGGAAAUUAAUUCAGGUUAGUUUAAUAGAUUUGGCUUAAGAAUUUUGAACAACCAAAUGGGUGUAGGUUAAUGGUGGCUAGAGUGGCAUUUCACAAUAAUGCUGUUUAGACAUCUCAUUCAUUCACAUUUUUUCCUCUUACUGAGCACUACUGUUGAUUUUUCCCUUUUUCUUAUUCCUUUAAGAAUGUUUGUGUAUCCCUUAAAAUUCUUUAUGUACCAGAUAGGUGUAUGAACUACUGCAAAAAACUAUUUUCUUAUGUUUACUUCACUAAAUUGGUAGAAUUAGAAUUUCCAGCUGAUGUUAAAAUAAUGUCAAAAAUCUUGUUACACUAAUCUUCAAAACUUAUAUGUAACAAAAUAUAUUACUGGUUUCUGGUUUCUUCCAAUAAUUAAUCCACCAUACCAGCAAGAACACGUUUUUAAAAGGUUUGUCCAGUUAAGGAUGGGGGAACUGCACUUCUAAAUUAAAUAAUUUGAAAGAAAAUAAGUUAGUUAAAUCUAGGAAUGCAUACAAUUUUCAAAAAUACUUGUUUAUUCAAUAUUAAGUAUGUAGAUUUUGAUUUUAAUUUGCAAUAUUGAUAUGCGUACUGAAUUUUUUUGUUUAUCAGAAUUCAAAGUUAAUUUUGCUGUUGUAUUAUGUUUGUGUAUGGGUGUGGUACUAAGAAUGACAGGUGAUACCAGCCAAUGAGUACUCAAUAUGUUUGUGGGACAUUCCUCUGAUGAUAUUUUAAGGGAGGCACAUGAAAAAUGUUAUUGAUCAUCCACAUAUUGUCAACAGUAAUUGUUAAAAGUAUCUCAAGGGGAGCAGAUUGUUAUUCUGAAUGGCCUGAAUAAACAAAAUAGCCAAAUUUGGUGUAUCAUGAUAAAAUGUAACUGCAGAAUGUUGGCAGGUAUGUGCACAUCUAUGUACAAAAGCAAAUCCGUAUUUGAAAAACAUUCUGGAAAAACUCCUAGAUGCAUUAUGAGUAAAAAUACAAUUGUAAUUUGCAAUACAUUCAUGCAACAAAGACAUUUCUUCCUGUGAAUGUCUUUUUUUUUAAGUUAUAUAAUAUUUCUUGAUGCAACUGAUGCCUUUCAAUGAAAAGUGUCUUCUGCAUUAUUUUCCAUUUUAUAGGUUCAUGGUGGGUGGAAAUUGAUGUUUUGGAAUUGCAGUUGUAGUUCUUUGAGUCUUAAAUAGAACUAAACUCUAGAAGUGUAUGCAAUAGUAAUACAGUUAAAAUGUAACUGAUAUUUGCAUGUGCUAUUAAUGCAUGGCUGUUUUAAUAUACAGUUUUUUGCCAAGCAACAUGCAUAAUGUAUAUUACUUAAUUGCUCCCAUGUUCCUAAAAGACCACUCACCCAAAUUUGCACAGUAUUUGACAAGUGUGGCCAGAUCGUAAUUUAAAAUUUCCAACAGUAUUACUUUGAUAUGCUGGGAAGCACUUUUGUCUGUUAAAGUAUAGUUAAUAUUUAGCAGACAACUACUUCAAUUUCAUGAAACAUUUUAACUAGGGUGAAACUUUAUGUACACAGUAAUUCUAUGAAAGCAUAUCAAUUGCCCCAAUCUUGCCCUUGGGAAUUUAUGCAGCAGUGUGUUCAAAUGUCCUGUUUUGGAAUUCAGAAAUCAUUUUACAAGUGCUGAUUUCACAAAAACCAGAAAAUAAGUGUUAGAGUAUUUUGUAUUGUAGCUUUUGUUGCUACUUUAGUUACAUCAAAAUCUGUGCCUCAGCCAUGAGCUCAGUUUAGCAGUGGCUACCUAGCUGUAUUUUGCAGUACAUAUGUUGUAUCCUACAGAAUAAUGUAAGCCUCAAAAUCUAAUAUUACCAAAUUAAUGUAUUUGAAGGCAAGUGUUUAAUACAGCUUCCUUUAUUAGACAAACUAUAAUUGUAAUACAUCCCUACCAGCAAUAGUUACAUAAAUCAUGGAGAAAAGUUUGUUUCAAAAAUCUGUGCUCAAUUCACAUCUACAUCAUUAAAGCUAAUGUUUGUGUGUAUAUAUUUUUUUACGAUGACUAGAGCUGUACAGUUUGACGUGUAUUCAUUGCUUUUGGAUCUAUUUUCUUUCAAUUGGAAUUACUUUUUUCUACUGUUGCUGGCAACAGCCCUGAAAUCAACAGCCCUGAAAUGUUUUCCUCUCUUUUCUCUGCCCCCAACCUGACCCAUUCUUGUUCUCCUUAAAUUUUAAUCUCUGAAAUUGUUUGAACAAAAUCAAGUAGAUGCGCCAAGCCUGAUGCAAAAGGGUAAAUAUCAUGCAAAAUAAGUCAAAUUUUGUUUGUGCAUUAUUUGUAUAUGUGCUAAGGAUGUUAAUUUUUUUCUUCCACUCUUGGGCUAGGAAUUGCACAAUCUAACGUUAUUGAGUUGCAUUGGAAUGUAUUAAAUUUAGAAAUGUCUGGAAAGCGAAGAAAAAAAUAAAAUCCAUUCACAUGA